UAUAUACAUACCCUGAGUAUCUUAACAUUUGAACGAUGUCUCUUUCCCUAAACUACUAUAUAGGACUAGACUUAGUGGCUUCUUCCUGCGCCGACAUCGUAACAGAAGGCACGAGGCAUUACCUAGUAUUGUGAGACGAAAGCAAUAUCCCAAAGUUAAUUUCCUUUCUUACUUCAAUGUCCCUACGUAUUUCUUACUUCUUCACUUCCUCCCUUCCUCACUUCUUCGGGGCAGGCCCCUUAUGUUUAUUCAUCCAACACUCUGACACUCUAGCACUCCUUUCUUCACCCGCCCAUCGUCUAAAAAAUCACAUCAAAUCAAAUAAAAAUCAACUCUUUUCUCACUAACGUAAAAUCAUGGGCCAAACUUCAAUAACUUCAAAUCCAAAAGAGUAUCUCGUCAAGACGUACGCCGGUGUCCUUGGUAAAGUAAUAGGCGUAUACUUAGGUCGACCUAUAGAAGGGUGGACACACGAACGUAUCUUGAGUAAACUUGGCCCCAUCAAUUAUUAUCUUAACGAGAAAUUUGACUUGCCGCUCGUGGUCCCGGACGAUGAUAUUUCGGCCACUUUCGCCUUUGCUCGCGCCGCUUCCGAUCAUUUAUGCAUCGACUCACUAAAGAUAGGGCGGUAUUGGCAGGACACCGUCAUCAAGGGGAAGUCAGUUUUUCGGUGGGGCGGCAACGGUGUAUCGGCCGAGCAUACGGCGUUUCUCAACCUAAAUAAAGACAUCGUCCCGCCUUUUAGUGGCUCAAAGGAGAUGAAUGGCGAGGCCGUUGCCGAGCAAAUCGGCGGACAGACCUUCAUCGACGGCUUUGCCAUGGUGGCGGCCGGAGACCCGGCGGCGGCUGCGGAUCUUGCGCAGGCUGCAGCAUCUGUAAGCCACGACGGAGAGGCGGUAAUCGCGGCGAGACUCUGGGCUGCCAUGGAAGCCGCAGCUUACCUUUCGAAAGACAUUAUCCAUCUAUUGAAGGAAGGAUUGAGGUGCAUACCUCCCGACUCGCUUAUUGCUAACAUGGUAAAGGAUGUCCACAAAUGGGUCAAGGUAGACCAAGACUGGCAGGCGACGCGAAAGAGGAUUGCAGACAGGUUCGGCUACAACAAGUUCAAAGGGCUAUGCCCCGUAAUCCCGAACCACGCCAUUAUGAUUAUGACGGUCCUCUAUUCGUCAGACAAUUUCGACAAUGCCAUGUGUAUUGUGAACACGAGCGGCUGGGGCACCAGCUCCAACUCUGGGAAUGUCGCCUGCCUUCUGGGCAUCAUGCAUGGUCUGGAUGCUUUCGAAGGUAAAUACGACUGGCGUGGCCCCAUCGCCGAUCAGGUGCUCAUAUCGAGUGCGGAUGGCGGCUACGCCAUCAACAACGCCGCGCGCAUCGCGACAGACAUCGUGACAGCGGGUCGUCACUACACGGACCAAAAUCCUCUGCUACCGCCAAAAGAUGGCGCUCAGUUCCAUUUCACGUUGCCAGGGAGCAUCCAGGGAUUCCAAGCGGCCAAGGUAGGCACCCUCGCCGCAGGCUGGGCCAAAGUCAGGGUCGUGCAAGAUCUGAAUGAGAAAUUCCGUUGGCGUCCUGGCCUGUCUGUUCACAUUGGUGGGUUGGAAAUGGGCACCUCAAACUUGGACGCAAUAGAAAUCACGACACCAACUUUUUUGCCGCCAAACGUGCACAGGCUAGGUCCAUACGAGCUUCUGGCCGCGCCGCUCGUGUAUCCCGGACAGACGAUCGAAGCGAUCGUGCGCGGCGACGAUGAAAAUACGGGGUAUAUGCGGGGAAGGCUCGUAAUCAGGGCGUACUCACCCGAAGACGAGCUUCAAAGCUUUUAUAGCGAGCCCAUGGUCAUUUUUCUUGACGAGUCCGUCCGCCUCACCUGGCCUCUUACGCCAAAUUUCUUAAGCGGCUGGCCCAUCCAGGCCAUCGGCGUGUCUAUAUAUAACGAAGAUCCCGUUGGCAGACUGCUCGACGGGAAGAUAUGGCUCGACAAAGUCUGCUGGGGAGGCAGUCCCUCACUCACGCUACUACCCAUGGACGAAAGCGUGGGCAGGCGUGAGUUCUACAAGCGCUCCUUCAUCAGCAGUGCCGACGUGUUCGACAUGACGGCCGACCGGUUCAUCGUGGCCCAGGACGUUGGUCAGGGCCUCGUCACCUACGGCACACGGGACUGGUCUGACUACCGCGUCGUUUUCCGCGGCUUCAGGAUCAACAUCGGCGGCCCUUGCGGCGUGGCGGUGCGGUGCAUGGGCUUGAAGCGCUGGUGGGCGGUCAUGUUCUGGUAUCCCGCGAGCGGCAACGUCUGGAACGCGUAUCCGGGGCUCAAGCGCAUCGUGCUGGGAAAGAAUCUUGACGGCGACAUAUACGACGGCGACUCCAGGCCCUUUGAUUGGCAGCUGGACACGCCCUACGAUAUCGAUAUCCGCGUUAAGGGCCUCAAGUACAGGGUCAAGAUCGACGACGACAUCACCCUGAGAUACAAUGAUGGACCGUCGCUGCCGCUGUUUGACUACCGCGCCGGUGGCGUGGGGAUUGUCGUCGAGACUGGCUCUGUGUUCGUGGAUAGCAUUGAGAUUCUGCCUUUAUGAGUUCUUUUUUUUCUUUUUGUUUUUUUUUCUUGGUUUUAGUAUACCUACUCAUGAUAUGAUACGAUAUGCCAUGUUAUGUCACAACUUUAGAUUAGGUAACUUCCUUAUGAGAACUCAUGAGCCAGGUAAUCGUUUUUUUCAACUUCUUAUAGUACCUACCUACCUAGUGCUUAGGUAUUUCUGACGAUGUGUCUAACAUUGACCGACCAUUGACUUCCCCCUUAUUCAUUUACUCAUCUCAUUCU